AUGUCAACCACCACGCGCCCAUCGGCCUCCUCCACGAGUGCGCAGCCAGCCGCAACUGGAGAGAAGUCGUUUUUCGAGCAGCAGCGCGAGUUAUUGCUGCAAGAUAUUGGCAUUCCUAUGCAGAGUUUUGAACAUGUACUUGCAAAUAUUAAUAAAUUGAACCGAUCGCUAGAGGGGGUUAUUGCGGUUGGCAACGAAUUCAGCUCUGUGGAAGCACUAUGGUCGACAUUUGAGAAUGUGAUGGCUAAGGAUCCGGAUGUCGAGACAGAUGGGAAUGGCGGGGAGGGGCAAAAGGAGGAAGUGGAAGAGGAAGAGGAGACAGAAUUGCCUGAGCAUGGAACCCGAUGA